AUGAAUCGGUUGUGCACAGAACAAAUCCCGGCCCCCGCGCAGUUCCCGGGGCGGGGGUCGGCGGAGGGCGCAGCGUGGGGCGCGGGGCCGCUGCUGGCGGGCGCGGGCGCUGCGCUGCUCGCCGCGCUGCUGCUGCUGGCCGCGCUGGCCUACAGGCGCCGGGGAGACAUUAAUAGAGUGUCCUUUCUCCCUCAUGCUGUUGCACUUACAUCGACCGAUAAUAAAGCGUACAUUCCAGAGAUGUACGAGAUCAGCCCGUACGCCACGUUCAGCAUGUCCGGCGGUGGGGGCGGGGGGGGCCCGGGGGUGGGGGGCGGCACGCUGCGCACGUUCGGGCGCGCGGAGCCGGAGCUGGCCGCCGCGCCGCCGCACAAGCACCGCUCGCCCACCAACACAGACGAGUACACGUUAUCUCGCGCCAUGACGCUGAUGGUGCGUCGGUCCGAGUCAGACUCUGACUCGAGCGAGUCGCCGUGUGCCGAGUGCAACUCCAGUGUGUCCUAUAGAGUGCCUGUUGCGCCUUCUAAAGAGGAGAUGUUUCGCUCCGUGACGGACUCUAGUGCGGAGUCUGGGUCGGCGUCGGCGGCGGCGUCGGCGGCGGCGGGGUCGGCGGGAUCGGCGGUAUCGGCGCCUUCGGCGCGCGCGCGGGGCGGCUGCGGCGCACACGACAAGCCGCGCCGCCGCCCGCGCCGCCACCACGCGCCGCCCGCCUCCAGGUACCUAAUGCCUCGUCGUUACAAUACCAUCUCCACGUUUCACUGGCUAGUAUACACAUAAUUAAGUAGAUUUUAAUUUAAAAUUCGAUUGAGUUCAUAAGUGGUUAGAUAAACUUUUGCUUAGUACUUAUUUGUAUGUUUACACUUAUUUAGUCAUUAAAAAUAGAGUUAAAAAUGAACUUCCUACUUAUAUACUUAAUAACGUGUAAACCAGCCAUAAUUUUCCGUUUUUUCUAAUAGUAGAAUGGAGCAUUGUGAUAUUUUUUUUGCAGAAACAGAGAUGAAUAUAGCGAUUUUGAAAGUUCUAUCAGGUGCUCCAGCACCUAAACUUCACACUGGGUGCUGAGCGAUGUGUAAUUGUAUAUACCCUCUAACUCUAACUUCCAUAUACUAUGUACUGUCAGAAAAUUCUUCCAUAUUUUGUAACGAGCUCUCAAUCAAUAUCUGGUUAAAAUAAAAUAAAAACUUUUUGAAUGACUACUAUAGACAUCUGUCAAAAGCGACAAGUUUCAUGUCAAUUCGUAAAACAAAGUUACGGACUCGAGGCCUGAAAAUGCUUUUUAGAAUCUCGCCUUGA